UUUUAUAGUAUCUGUUUUAAUUGCACCUAUGUAAUAAAGUUAUUGAAGCAAUAUUUGACUAUAUCAUACACCUAACAUGACCCUUUAACCGGUAGAUGAAUAUUUCAGGAGCAAACCUUAAAAGAAGUGGGACAUUAUUUGGACGACCAGUCCUGCUGUGUCAGGGAUUGUAAUAGAGCACAAACAAAUGUAAUCCCAAUUCCAAGCGCUUGCUGUAGAACUCUAAUGAGACCUGAAAGCCACACAAAGGGAGUAGGAUUUGAUAAAGGCUGCGAAACCUUCGAAAGCUUAGAAAUCACCUCACUCUACGCAAUUUUUAAACCCACCCCCAUCCUCACCAAACCCCGCUCUACACUACUCAGUGCUUCAGUUUCCCUAAGUUUCCCUCCUACCAAAGCCCAAAUUUUGUUUGGUUGGAUCAAAUGGUACUAUGCCACAGACGUACCACUUACCAAACCCGAUUGGUACGAGUAUAAAAAGACACAGGAUGCCAAGAAGUAUGUACCGUUCUCGGACUACGACUCCAAGCGAAUUGAAUCCCACUAUCGCAAAUUUGGAGAUUCACAGUCCGAAGAUAUUUCACCUAGAGUUUACGUUAGUGAAGACCGGUUGUUCCAGGUAGACGUGGAAAACCUCCAUUUGUCCCCAGUGUAUUGGGAAGGUCCGCUGUACGAAACACGUCGGGGAUUGUGGUUUAGUCUGGAUGGUAUACCGUUGGCUGAAGACAUCACCCGAGAAAUCGAAAAUGGGUAUAAGGACAAAAAGCCAUAUUUAUUUGACGAAGACCGAAAGAGGCAGGCAGAACAACCACAAAAACAGAAGCCCAAUAAUAUCGACUUUUCCAAGUUCUACGAAACUAUUGGUGAAGAUUUUAAAUCCAAAGAGUCUCACGAUGAUGUGGUGAUACUUGGAAACGGGAAAGCAGUUGUCUAUUUCAAUGAUAACAAGGCGGUUCUUUUCCCCAAAUUCAUGGUAAAUAGCUACCAGCUACCCAUCAUUCGUCAAUUUUAUGGUUCUUCCGUGGCUUUAAUGGGUGUAGAGCCCAUCCAGCGAGGUUAUUCUUCGGAUUUGAAAUCAAUGUUUGACAACUUCACCAAGAAAAACACGAUAAGCUCGUCAAAUCACUUCCUUCUUCCAGAACCCGGUUUGUUCUUGGGAAAAAUACCACAGAACAAAGAGGACAAUCAGAAUGAACAAAUGAGAGAGGUAAUUGAAGACGACUUUGAAGACUCCACCACCGAGCAGACUUCCACUCGAGAAACCGAUCACCUAGUACUUUGUGUCCACGGGAUUGGACAGGGUUUGGGUCUCAUGGCCGAAGCCAUUAACAUUGUUCAUGAUAUCAACAGUAUGAGAAACACCAUGAAAACAGUGUACAAAGAGAACAAGAAGUUUCGUAACUUGGCAUAUAAGGAUCCGAAAGACCCCGAUGUGGACAAGAACAACCGGAUUCAAGUGUUGCCGAUUGCCUGGAGACACAGAAUUGACUUUCAUCCAGAGAAAGUGAGUACUUCCGAUGACAAACUUGAACCAAGACUACCCACCCUUUCUCAGAUCAACGUGGAAGGCGUAAGACCGUUGCGUAACGUUGUCGGUUAUGUGGCGUUGGAUAUCUUGCUUUAUUAUGACAACAAAUACUUCAACCAAAUUCUUGAAGCGGUAACUCUAGAGCUCAAUCGGGUAUAUGAGCUUUAUAUGGAGAAUAAUCCCGACUUCAAAGGGAAAGUACAUAUCUUGGGCCAUUCUUUGGGGUCUGCCAUUUCCUUUGACAUUGCUUCCAGACAGUUUGAUACGAGGCCAACCAAGCCAAAUCGGUCAGCCGACCUUUUGUUCGAUGUCGAUUCUUUAUUCUGCGUAGGAAGUCCCGUCGGAGUGUUCAAGUUAAUCAGCCAAAAGAAUAUUGUCAACAGAAGCGAUGUACCAAAAGAUUUUGAUCCAAGGAGCCGAUCUUUACUGUACUCGUCUCCCAAGUGCAAAAACUUAUACAACUUAUACCAUCCAUGCGAUCCAAUUGGGUAUAGAAUCGAACCUUUGAUUAAACCCAGGUUCGCUCAUUUCAAAGCGCAAGAAGCACCUUUUGCUGCUGACGGUCUUGAAACCCCAUUCAAAGGCUGGUCCACGCUCACAGAUGAGCUCCAAGAGCGAUUCUCUAAGGCCAAUACUUGGCUCUGGAGUUUUAACAAGAAAUCAAAGGCAUUUGACCAAAAUUCCUUAGGUGACUUCAUGAACGGUAUUGUGGAUUCCAACCCAGUUGAAACCCCAGAUGAUGCUGAGUCUAAGAAGAAGCUUUCGCAAAAAGACUUGGGGGAGUUACUUAAGUUCAACAAAGAAGGGAGAGUAGAUUUUUCUUUACCAAGAGGAAUGUUCGACAUUUCAUUGUUAUCUGCUAUUAGUGCACACGUAUCUUAUUUUGAAGACAAGGAUACCGCUGGGUUCAUCAUGGGAGAGUUGCUCUUGUCAGACAACCCACCGGUGAAGUCAUUAGAAGUGAUGUACAAAGACGUUUAGCCAUAUGUUAUUAUUUAACUUUAAAAGUCAUCUAUACCUUUAUCACAAUCGUUUUCGAUCAACUUCAACAUUCCUUUGGGUAAUAUGGGCGUAUUGGUGUCGUCGAGAAUAUACCUGAAGGGCAUUUCUGUAGACUCGUACCUGUUGAACUUGAUUUCGGGGUAAUCGAUGAACUUGAUAUCUUCAAACUUAACUUGUUUGUCGACGAUUCUCUGUGUGGUACGUACAGCGGUGUCGGUUGUCAUUUGAAGCUCACCGAGCCUUCUACCAGAAAAUCCAUACUUAUCUCUGAGCAAUCCAGUUCUGUCAAUUCUAGGAUGAGAUCCCAAGAUCCCUCCAAACACAAAAUAAUCGAACUUUUGCUGGUCAUUAGGUACCAAGUCUGUUUCUGCUGCUGGAUCAAGAAGGCACACCCGAGAGUGGUCCAAGCCGUUAUCAAUUUGAAUACAUUCUUGUGUAGUCCAUUGCAAACCCAAGUCUAAAAGUUGCUGGGGGAUAUCUUUCUCAGUGGUAUUUGCGGGUAGAGAAGUUAAGACCAAGUUUUCCUUACCCACAUCCUUGAUUAUCUGAGUAUAUUCAAGCACCACCCACUCGGAAAAUUCGGGUUCCAUGUGCUCAAUUAUGUACUUCAUGGUUCAAGAUGGAAAAUUCACAUUGCGAUGAACGCUCGCUUUGACUGCAAAAUUUAUCUCACCAUUCAUUUUAUUAUCUAUAAAUCGCUUUUCUUCACAAAUUACUUUGUUAUAUACAUCUGCACUACUUCUUAGAGCAACACGAGUCAGAUGACGAUGAUGUCUUGUUGAACGCCAAUCUGGAAGUGGAGUCAACGUUCAAAGAACAUGAAUCCAAACCCUUGGCCCCCGUUCUGACUUCUGAAGUCAUCUUGGAGUACGAAGGCUUGAUAUCGAGCACAGGGUUUUCUGUGAAAAUAUGUCUUGGUCUCAACAUCAAGUCGAAUAUCUCAGUUGGCAUGACGGGGAAGUCUUCUGGGGAUGGGAAGUGGGUGAUACCGAAGGUGUGGAAAAACACAAUGUCAGUGUUUUCAACAUUAUCGGUUCCAUCACCAAUCCACUUUCUCAUUCCUCUCAAACCAUCACCACUCCAUUGAGCAACAUGGUCACCUGAUGGAUACAACGUACCGUAUCCAAAGUCCUCGUCUUUGUAUGGAACAACUUGUGUGGUGUGUUCAGCCCAUGGAGCUCUUUUUCUCACCAAUGAGCCGGGUUGAGCCAACACCGGAGGACAGAAGGUAGACACCAACUUGUAAGAUGCGGGCUUCCCGGAGUACUUGUUGAUGGACUUGGGGUUAAACAUGUCCCAGGUUCUGGCAUACUUUGAUUCUGCUUGGGUCAACGAAUCCUUGACGGUCUUAAAUACGGUUUUCUUUGCAUAGAACCCAUUACCAUAGACGUUUUCAGGAGAUCCAGUUGGAUAAGGCGAAGGACAAGCAUCCGACGUGGCGGCAGAGUUACCCUCACCAUCAAUUCUAGGGUGGAUUCUCAAGGAGAACAAGUGCUGGUGAUUGUGGGCAUUGACCUUGGGGUAAACAAUGGUUCCCCAUGGUCCAAUAUCCUCAUCUUCGUCACAAAUGUAGGUGUUCAAGAUCCCGGUCAAUCUGACCUCCAACUUAAUGGUACCAUCUUGUCUCAAGGUCCAGUAUAAACAGUAUUCGUAGUUAGCGGCGGUGAAGAUUUGAGAGAUGAUCAACUUCUUACCUCUGGUGUUGAUGGUGGUUUGGAAAUCGUCUCUGAAGUCGGAGUGCUUGAACAAAAUCCCAUCGUCUUCUUCGUGGAUACAGACAGCAUUUCUGAUGGUAGAAGGGUCACCAAACUUAUCGACAAAAUGGGCAUCCAAGUAAUGGAUCACUCCU